UAACCUUACAUUCAUAACCUAUAAUAUAAACAAACGGAAUGGUUCAAAAUAUUGAAGUAGUCAAGAAAAUGUCGAAAACGAACAAAAAAGAAUCUUUAGCCGAUAGAAUCGCUAAAGUUCUCAACACAGCUCCGGCCACGUUAGACCCAGAAGAUGAACUAGCAGAUGAAACAAGAGCAAAACUUAACACAGACACCACUGAAGAUGAUGAUUUCGACGACGAACUUUUGAGUAAAUUUCGAAAACAAAACGUUGAUCUACUUGCCGACAUUGACGAGAAAUAUGCUGGUAAAAAAGCUAGUCGUAAGAACUUGGCCAGUUCAGACGAAUCAGAUGAUGAUCAAGAGGAGAGUGAGAGUGGUGACAACUCAGAUGAUGAAAGUAUGCAAUAUCUUGAAGAAAACGAAGAUGAAAGUGACCAAAAAAAUUCAGAGUCUGAUGAUGAGGAAGAUACAGAUGAAGGAAGCGAAGGUACUGUCUCAGAUUCUGAAAACAAUACCCUCGACGAAACUGAACAUAAUAGUAAUUUUGAACACAUAAAGUCUGAAGAUGUUCCUCUACAAUUGAAAAAGGGAAUGUGUGUCAGAAAUCAACUGAGCAUAUGGGAAAGUCUUCUGGAAAUGAGGAUCCAGAUUCAGAAGUGUUUAGCAGCUGCUAAUAGGAUGCCAAGGAAAGAAAAGUUUAAAGAAAUUAAGGCGGAAUCAGGGCAGGAGUUUUCCAAUAGAGUCAGUGAAACAGCAGGCACCAUAUCGAUGCUUCUAGGAAAACUACUUGAUUUACAAAGUUUGGUGCUAAAUAAAUUUCCAGAGACGAAAAAGUUCAUGAAGAAUGAUGGUAAAGUAGAAGAUCCUGGUGAUGAGGAAAUCCCAAGUGAUUUCAAAAUAUUUGGACAUUUUACACUUCAUGCUGAUGACACCACAUUGAUAUAG